CCAACAGCCCUGAACACACUUUCUUGGGCAAGAGAUGGGUGGAGAUGAGUCUGCUGGUCUUGGUUGCUGAGGCCUCCCCGGGGUCUGAGCGGUGCCCGAGACGGCAGCAGCUUGCUAGGUAUUUGGCGACUGGAUGAAGAAAUGACAACAAUAAAAAAAGAGUUUUACUCCUUGCGUUGCACCCUGGUCAGAGCGGCAGCGCCCCUGAAAGUGUGCAUUCUGGGCUCGGGAAACUGGGGCUCGGCUAUCGCAAAAAUCAUUGGUAAUAAUGUCAAGCAACUUAAGAAAUUUGCCCCCCUGGUCAAGAUGUGGGUCUUAGAAGAAACGGUGAACGGGAGGAAGCUGACGGACAUCAUCAACGAGGACCACGAGAACGUGAAAUACCUCCCCGGACACAAGCUGCCGGACAGCGUGGUCGCCGUCCCAAACCUCGUGGAGGCCGCGGGGGAUGCAGACCUGCUGGUGUUCGCCAUCCCCCAACAGUUCAUCCACAGGAUCUGCGAAGACAUGGCGGGCAAAGUGCCUAAGAGGGCGCUGGGGAUCAGCCUCGUCAAGGGCGUGGACAGCGGUACCCAGGACCUGAAGCUCAUCUCCGACGUCAUCCGGGAGAAGGUGGGCAUCGACGUCAGCGUGCUCAUGGGGGCCAACAUCGCCAACGAGGUGGCCGAGGAGAGCUUCUGUGAGUCCACCAUCGGCAGCAAAGUCAAGAGCAACGGCCUUCUUUUCAAAGAACUCCUGCAGACGCCCAAUUUCCGGAUCACUGUGGUGGACGAUGCCGACACCGUGGAGCUCUGCGGGGCUCUUAAGAACAUCGUGGCCGUGGGAGCCGGGCUCAGCGACGGCCUGGGCUUCGGCAGCAACACCAAGGCCGCCAUCAUCCGCCUGGGGCUCAUGGAGAUGGUCACCUUCGCCAGGAUCUUCUUCAAGGGCCGGGUGUCCACGGCCACCUUUCUGGAGAGCUGCGGCGUGGGCGACCUGAUCACCUCCUGCUACAGAGGCCGGAACCACCGCGUGGCCGAGGCCUUUGCCAAGACCGGGAUGACCAUUGAGGAGCUGGAGCAGGAGAUGCUGAACGGGCAGAGGCUCCAAGGCCCCCUGACUUCUGCCCAAGUGUAUCACAUCCUCCAGCAGAAGGGGCUGCUGGACCAGUUCCCCUUGUUCACCGCCAUCUACCAGAUCUGCUACGAAGGCAAGCCGGCCGGGGAGAUGAUCACGAACCUGCAGAACCACCCGCAGCACAAGUAGAGGGUCACCCGCAUGCCAUGGGACCGUCUUUUGGGUUCCAAUAAAAACGGGGACUCGGCAACAUGAGAUUUUCGUGACUGUGGCCGUCACCUGGGUGUGUACGCAGUUUUGCAAGUUAGUUCUGAAUUUCAAGAAGCGUUUCACUGAUGAAGACGCACGGGCUACCGACGAGGUGCACGUGUGUGACUAUGGGAGUGAUUGUUUCUCAUCCUGAAGAUGUUUCUAGAAAUCAGAAUUAAAAGUUCUAUUUGAA